AUCAAGCUGCUCUUGAUCGGAGACUCGGGCGUUGGCAAGUCCUGCUGUCUGUUGCGCUUUAGCGAAGACUCAUUCACACCGUCAUUUAUCACCACCAUCGGUAUCGACUUCAAGAUCCGCACAAUCGAACUCGAUGGCAAGCGGGUGAAGCUACAGAUAUGGGAUACCGCCGGCCAAGAGCGUUUCCGUACCAUCACGACGGCAUACUACAGAGGCGCCAUGGGCAUUCUUCUCGUUUACGACGUGACGGAUGAAAGGUCAUUCAACAAUAUCCGCACCUGGUUCGCCAACGUGGAGCAACACGCGACGGAAGGAGUCAACAAGAUUCUCAUUGGAAACAAGUGCGACUGGGAGGAAAAAAGAGCGGUUUCCAAGGAACAGGGCCAAGCGCUAGCCGACGAGCUUGGCAUUCCCUUCCUCGAGGUUUCGGCCAAGGCGAACAUCAACAUCGAAGAGGCCUUCUUCAGCCUCGCCAACGACAUCAAGAAGCGCAUCAUCGACACAUCCGGCAAAGAGGCGUCUGGCGGCUCGUCGGGCGUGAACGUCAGUGACAACAGCGGGUCAGGAUCCGGCGGCAAGUGCUGCUAA